AACAAUUAUAUCCUGAAGUUUGAUUCUCCCUUACAGCCAUGUGAACGCUGACUUUGUCUUGACAUUGACGUGUUGCUCCACUCAUUCUCGUACUAACAAUAAAUAAUGCUAAUUUAGUAUUUCAAGUGAAUGGGUCUAAAUUAUAUUUGUUGUCACAUCCUCUAUAUAAAAAAUCGGAAUACAUAGCUGAAGAAAAGGCUUCCAACAGGUGGGUGGGAAAAUCCUCUUCUACAUUCUGCUGCAACAUGGAAGAGAUGAAUUUGUCAAUGUUGCAUGCUUUCACCAAGUCCCUUGCUAUGACAGUGCUUUCUGAAGCUGGUGAUCGCACAUUUUGUAUUUCUGCUAUCUUGGCCAUGCGCUAUCCGAGGAGGAGUGUGUUUCUGGGAUGCCUGUUCUCUGAUAUAGCAAUGACUAUAGUCUCUGCACUAAUCGGUUGGGCUGCUCCUAAUCUGAUUUCUAAGACUUUGACUCAUCACAUAACAACCUUUCUCUUCUUUGUCUUUGGACUCCAAUCUCUCUGGGGAGGACUCACUGAAGAUGAUGAUGACAAUGAAGAAUUGACUGAAGUUGAAAAGGAACUGGAUGCCGAUUUGAAGGCUAAUACUGAGAAAUCUAAAGCAGCCUCCACAGGAGAUGAGGAUCUGAAGAAGCACCAGAAGCCAAUUCUCACUCAUUUCUUCACACCUGUAUUUUUGAAGGCCUUUUCCCUAACAUUUUUUGCCGAGUGGGGUGACAAAAGCCAGUUAGCUACAAUUGGAUUGGCAGCACAUGAGAAUACUCUAGGAGUUGUUCUUGGAGGAAUAACCGGACAAGCAAUUUGUGUAGUGGCAGCUGUUCUUGGAGGAAAGACCUUAGCAUCAAGGAUUUCUGAGAGACUGGUCACUGUUUUAAGUGGAGGUCUCUUUCUGGUUUUUGGUAUCACUAGUUAUCUUUCUCCUCCUGCCUGAUCCUCUCUAUUCCCUCUUAAGUGCCGCAAAGAACUUCCUUCUGGGUUCAGAUCAGUCUCAAAAGGGGAAAUAAGCUAAACCAUUCAUUUCUUUAUUUACUUGGUCUGAAUUAUACAUCUGAAAUUCUUGUGUGCUCUGGCUAAGUGACUGAUUCUCAUUAUGCUUUUCAGUUUUUAGCGAGCAAUUUUAAAUAUGUUGGAAUUGGCCACCACUUUGUUUA